AUGGCGUCACACACAGAUUGGACAGUGCUGGUCCUCACCUGUCAGCAUAAGGACAGCGUCCAGGCCUUUCAGAGAGAACUUGAGAUCAGACAGCGGCGUGGCAUCCUGCCCCCAGACACACUGCUGCUGACGGUUGAAGACCCCCAGGCGCAUGUGGGCAGUGGAGGAGCCACCUUAAAUGCUCUGCUGGUAGCUGUAGAAUACCUGAGUGCUCGUGCCGGGUACACGGUUGUGUCCUCAGAUGUCCUCCUAGGGGGCGAGACUUCUCAUCUUGCACACGGGGCGGGACUUUCUGUUUGAUGACUGCGGCCCGCGGGUUCACCGUUCUUCCCGUGGAGGAUCCGCAAGCACCAGUAGAAUCCAUCACCUGCAACUUGGACAGUCUAUUGAAUGUACUGAGAUACCAACUGUGUCCUGGAUCUCCUCCCGGUGUCUGGGUCUGCAGCACAGACAUGACACUGACUCUGCGCUCUGUGCCACGAAUAGAGUGGAACCAGUUUUGUGUGGUGCGCGAGUCUUUGCUCUCCCGGGAUCUCUGGAAUACGCUCGGAAUCAUGGGGUCUAUUUGACGGAUGGGAAGGGGACAGUGAGAGACAUCGUAUACCGAGGGUGUGAGCAGAGGAUCCGGGCCUGUCUGCUGGAGGAUCAACAUGUCCCCCUGGUGUCCGGAAUCGUCUUCCUCUCCUCGGAGACAGCAGAACGUUUUCUUGGCACUCUGGCCUCCUCUCCUCUGGACGGAUGUACAUACCAGGGACUGGACUCUGGAGCAGAACCCCUGGAGAUUUCCCUGUUCCUGGAUGUGCUAAUGAGUAUGUGUGAGGAUGUCACUGAGGAUGCGUUUCUGGGCGGCGCAUCGGGGCUCAGUGAUCGCUCUAAAAGUGCCCGGAUGGUGCUAUGGAAGGAACUGCAUGAGCUUCCCCUGAGCAUGGUGUACAUCCCGGAUGGCAUCUAUGAGUACCUGUCCCUCUUUGCUCACCAUCACAUCACAAGUCUGAUAAAAGCCGCUUCACAAGGAUCCCAGGGGAAGAAGAUGGCACAAUCAUUUGUCACAAAUCCAGAUCUGAUAGAAGAUGGGAGCUGUGUGGUGAACAGUCUGCUGAGUGGAGAGGUGACUUUGCGUCGGGGUAGUGUAAUACAGAACUGCCAUCUACAGGGUCCCCUUCAUGUGGGCAGUGGGUGUCUUCUGACUGGCAUUGCUCCCGAAGGAGGAGCAGGGUUACGUGGGUACCAUCUAAAUGAUGUAUUCUCCAGGCCCAUCCCAUCCAUAUCCAGAAUCUUUCCUUGACCGUUUACAGCCUUCUGGGUACCAACGACCAACUGCAGUUUCCAGCAGAAGGUGGAUCACCCACUUACCUCAACCUCCCCUGGGAUGAAUUUUUCCUUAGAACGGGUAUCAGUGAGAGGCAUCUUUGGGGUUCUGAACAUUGUAGUAGAGAGCGCAGCGUAUUGACCGCCCCCCUCUUUCCCGUCCUUCACCCCAGCGAGUCUCUGGGUGUUGAGGACAUCCUCUGGUUCCUGCGUUCAGGGACUGGUGGUUCAAAUUGUGAACGCCGAGGCAGCGUUGGCACAGUUCUUGGCGUAUGUCCUGGCAACAGAUCUGGCAACACGGGACCAGGAGAGGUCACUGCAGGCCCGUAGGGAGGUGUUUUUCAGCCAGGCCCUGGAAAAGGUGAACAGAAUUUUGCUGGCCAGGGAGGAGAGGAGUCUGAUGCCCAUUAUAAGGGCAGCCGUGCAGGAGGGUGCCUACCAGAGGCUGCUGGACACAUUGGACAAUGUGGCCUCAAAGACUGAAGAUGCUGGAGUCGCUGCACGAGCCCUGGCCUGUGUUGCUGACCUACUGGGCUGCAUGGCAGGAGGAGAGGGGGGCCUGAGGAGUGGACCAGCAGCUAACAAGGCUUGGGCUCCUGGCUAUCUGCUGCUGGAGAAGGGAGACAUCGCAGAGGGCGUGAGACUGAUGGCCAAGGAGCGACAGAAAUGGCUUAGCAGACCUGCUCUUCUUCUGCGUGCAGCUCGUCAUUAUGAAGGGGCGGAGCAAAUCUUAAUCCGCCGAGCGGUGAUGUCAUCCUUCCAGUUUGUGUCUAUUGGUGAGAAGAAGCCCCCGCCCCAGGGACAGUGGGUGACCGCAGAGUGUCCGGCGCGCAUUGACAUGUCUGGGGGGUGGAGUGACACCCCUCCCAUCACAUAUGAACAUGGAGGGGCCGUGGUGAAUGUCGCGAUUCUGGUCGAUGGUCAGCGGCCUAUAGGUGCUCGGGCGAGGAGGAUUCCUGAGCCACAUCUGUGUCUCUGCAGCACCAGUGGCCCCCGCGGACUAGAUCUCCAGACGCAGAUGACCUGUCACAGUCUCUCCGAUAUGCAGGAUUACUGCCAGCCUCAGGCUCCAGGGGCAUUACUUAAAGCAGCCUUCAUCUGUUCGGGGACCGUGGAGAUGACAUCAGAGAAACCCCUGUCUGAGCAGCUCACUGAGAAGUAUGGUGGAGGCUUCGAGCUGCAGACGUGGUCCUACCUGCCGCAUGGAUCUGGUUUGGGUACCAGCAGUAUUCUGGCCGGAGCAGUGAUGGUGGUUCUUUACGAAGUGUCAGGACGCUUGUCAGAUGCCGAAUCUCUAAUUCAUGCAGUGCUGCACCUGGAACAAGUCCUUACUACAGGUGGAGGCUGGCAGGACCAGGUUGGGGGGCUUAUUCCAGGGGUGAAGAUUGGACGCUCUGCUCCUGCAUUGCCCCUUCAGGUGACUGUGGAACGGGGUUCAACUGCCAGAGGGGUUUAUGGAAACGAUAAACAACCAUCUGCUGCUGGUUUAUACUGGGAAGACAAGAUUGGCACGCAAUCUCCUACAGGAUGUUCUGCGGAAUUGGUACGCUCGGCUUCCAGAUAUCAUGUUGAACGUGGAUGCACUAGUGAGCAACGCCGAGCUGUGUGCCAGAGCCUUCCGUACUGGAGACCUGGAGCAACUGGGUCAUUGUCUGUCCACAUACUGGCAGCAGAAGAAGUGCAUGGCACCUGGCUGUGAGCCGCAGGCUGUACGCAGGAUAAUGGACAUGUUAGAGCCACACGUGUAUGGGCAGAGCCUGGCCGGAGCUGGAGGAGGAGGCUUCCUCUAUGUACUAACAAAGGAGCCGGAGCAGAAAAACGCCAUACAGAGACUGCUGGAGAACACACAGGGCCUGGAGCGCUGCAGUGUGCACUGUGUACGGCUGGAUACCAAGACGUUCUCUGUACGGCAGGAGACGGGGAGCCCUGAUGACCAUUGA